AUGUUUAGAGUUGUAAGUUCCCGUAUUGUCCCAUUCACUCCUGUGUAUCGGUCCGCGAUCAGAACAUCGUCUUUAUUGAUUCCAAACAGACUGAUUCAUCAAUCCAUUCCAAGUUUCCAUGGACAUGUCCAUAAACCAAAACCCGGUGAAGAACUUCAUAUCACAUUUAUAACUAAGGAUGGUGCACAAAAGGAAUUCGAAGUAGCUGAAGGAGACAACAUUUUGGAUAUUGCCCAGGCCAACAACUUAGAUAUGGAAGGUGCCUGUGGUGGAUCAUGUGCAUGUUCCACCUGUCAUAUUAUUGUAGACCCGGAAUUCUAUGAUGAAAUUCCUGAGCCAGAUGAUGAUGAAAAUGAUAUGCUUGACUUGGCGUUUGGAUUAACUGAAACUUCAAGACUUGGAUGUCAAGUUAAGAUGACAAAGGAAUUAGAUGGUAUACGUGUAGCACUCCCAGCUAUGACUCGUAAUCUUCAAAAUAAGGACUUCAAAUAG